AUGGCCAACAGAACCGUACAUAUAUACUCCUUACAUAGUGAAAUGACCUCAGGUGAUAAGGGGUUGUUAAGGGCAGGUAGAGACUCGUGGUUAAGGGAUGAUGAACAACAGCAACAAGGACAGACACACAACGAGGGCCCACCAGACCUCAGCAACAAGGACAAACAAAACAAGGGCCUCCCAGACCUCAGCAACAAGGACAAACAAAACAAGGGCCUCCCAGACCUCAGCAACAAGGACAAACAAAACAAGGGCCAGUCAGACCUCAGCAACAAGGACAAACAAAACAAGGGCCCACCAGACCUCAGCAACAAGGACAAACAAAACAAGGGCCUCCCAGACCUCAGCAACAAGGACAAACAAAACAAGGGCCCACCAGACCUCAGCAACAAGGACAAACAAAACAAGGGCCAGUCAGACCUCAGCAACAAGGACAAACAAAACAAGGGCCAGCCAGACCUCAGCAACAAGGACAAACAAAACAAGGGCCUCCCAGACCUCAGCAACAAGGACAAACAAAACAAGGGCCAGUCAGACCUCAGCAACAAGGACAAACAAAACAAGGGCCUCCCAGACCUCAGCAACAAGGACAAACAAAACAAGGGCCAGUCAGACCUCAGCAACAAGGACAAACAAAACAAGGGCCAGCCAGACCUCAGCAACAAGGACAAACAAAACAAGGGCCAGCCAGACCUCAGCAACAAGGACAAACAAAACAAGGGCCUCCCAGACCUCAGCAACAAGGACAAACAAAACAAGGGCCAGCCAGACCUCAGCAACAAGGACAAACAAAACAAGGGCCAGUCAGACCUCAGCAACAAGGACAAACAAAACAAGGGCCAGUCAGACCUCAGCAACAAGGACAAACAAAACAAGGGCCUCCCAGACCUCAGCAACAAGGACAAACAAAACAAGGGCCAGCCAGACCUCAGCAACAAGGACAAACAAAACAAGGGCCUCCCAGACCUCAGCAACAAGGACAAACAAAACAAGGGCCAGCCAGACCUCAGCAACAAGGACAAACAAAACAAGGGCCAGCCAGACCUCAGCAACAAGGACAAACAAAACAAGGGCCAGCCAGACCUCAGCAACAAGGACAAACAAAACAAGGGCCUCCCAGACCUCAAACCAUUGCCUGGAGAUACAUUGCAAAUGAAAAGCAGAGAUGAAUGA